AGAAACCUAAGCCCAAUAUAUAUAAUUCCAUCCCCUCCCACGCACGCACACACCAUUCUCUUCUUUCUCAUUCAUUCCCGAAAAUCAUCAUCAUCAGAGGGAGGCGAGCUGAGAGUAAUCCGGCCGGCCGGCCGUUUGCAUCUUGUUUAUAAUCAAUAAUGUGUUCGUCGUUUUCAUGGGGUAUUGUGCACCCAAGAGAAAGGGGUUUGUUAUUUGUGAAUGCAGGACCUGGUGACCCCCUUGAUUAUUUGAUGGAACUCAAGCCGCGGGGAUUUAGCGCACGUGAAGGGAUAUUAUCGUGGAUCUACGAUUACAGCGAAGCUCUCUUCAAAACCAUGACGGCUGUCGAUGAUGGGCGGCGACCUUACAGAAUGUGCCGAUUGGUAUUCACAGUGAACGAGGAGGACGGGUCGGUGGUCCGAGCUUCGUACUUGCACUACAAUUCACAGGGUCAAGUGUUGGACUUUGUCGACGAUGAGUAUGAUUCUAAUGCGGCUAGGAGUAUGGCAGAGUCUCUGCUGCGCUGGGAAGGAAUUAUGAAUGAUUUGCCACCAAAGGCAUUAUUAUUAGAAGAAGAAAGUGAUGAUGGGAUUUGUGUGAUUUGUCACGAAGAAUAUGGAGCGGGAGAUAUGAUUGGAGCAGUGCAUUGCAAGCACAUGUUUCAUGACAAGUGCAUCAGGCAGUGGUUAAGAACGGAGUUUCGGUGUCCCCUUUGCAGGACUCGUGUUUUGGGUAUUAUCUUUCAAAAACACCGUUAGAUUAGUUGUGCUCUGUCUGAAUUUGCGAGGCAUAAUAAUCAUCACUAGCUAGUAGUAAUUAAUGUUCUUCAGCUGUUGUUUCAAACAUACAUGUUGAUUCUGCACCAUCAUUAUAAUAUUAGUGACCGACUAAUUAAGGGAUUAUUCUGAAACAUAUAUGUUGAGUUGUAUUGUUUGUUUUCUAUGCUAUCUAUCUAUCUUAUGUAGUUCUGUUAGCUGAUAAAUAAAUUUAGUAUUACACC